AUGAUCUUUCUCCUGCUCGUUGCACUAACAGAAUCAAGUGUUGCUGGUGAUGAGAAUGAAGCAGUGAUAUUGGAUACCAACUGGGAUCCAGUUAAGGCCAACACUCCAUAUCGAGUCAGAAUGCGUGUGGCUGGACAGCCAGGAUAUCUCUCCCGUCAGAUAUUGGCUCUUAACGCCACGUCAUGCAGAGAAGGCGCCGUAGCAGCCGGUUUGUUUCCAGGCCGUGCAGAGCCAGUGAUCAUGCUCGUAUUACCAUCAUCGUCGUCGGCCGACGACGUCGUACCGCUAUCAACAGAACUUAGCGUUAAGUUCACAAAUCCCAGUCACUGCAAUGAGUCCGGGUUUUUGAGGGUUUCAGGACUCGAUAAGGAGACGGUUGAGACGGUACUUACGGACGGAUCAAAGUCAAGAAGUGACAGCACGUUCACCAUCAGGAAAGCAUCUUAUAUUACUUACAAGUUUUCCUUCGGCAGCAGUGUUGAUCUUGCCGAUAAUUCAACGGAGAUCGUUGGAGUUGUUUUUUCUAUCUCGACAGAGAUGCUGAUAACACGGAGAGCAGCAGAGAAUGACAACAUAUCUGUUCAAGUUGAUUCCCCAACUCAAGUUGAUCCUGUCUCAGCUUCUGUCACCAUAAGUACUUCUACGGAAGUUCAUCUCAAGUUGAACUACAUUAGCUCAAGUUGCUUCUGCCUCAUCUCCUGCCACCAUAAGUACUUCUACGGAAGCUCCAUCUGCUCAAUUGACCCUACGUUAGCUCAAGUUGCUUCUGUCUCAACUCCUGUCACUGAGGUACCUCCUUGUGACCCAAUUACUACUUUUGUGUCUACAACACAACCUAUUAAUCAAGCUACUAUCAUCGCUGAGGAAUUUAUUGAGUCUCCUACUUUAGGGGCUGCUAGUUCUUUAUCAACAGAUAUCAUUGCUCAAGGAAACUCCACUUUCCAUUUGGAGAGCGAGAGAUUGAUUGAGCGAGAUCUUGGUUCUAAUAAGUUUGCCUCAUUGGCUUUACCGGAAGAAGAAGCAGAGAUUCAGACAAGGAGUCAGAUGAGACGGAUUUUAUGA